AUGAGCAGAGUUAAACGGGCAGCGUUGGGUGACUUGGUAUCAUGGACGACAGGGGGCGCUGGAGCAGGAGCCGCUGUCGGUGGUCCUCUUGGUGGUGUAAUUGGUGGUGCAGUUGGAUUGAUUGCUAAUAAGCCCCCAUCUAUAACUUGUGGAACUCCUCAACCAUCAGAUAGUGUUUCCGCCGAACCAUUGGCUACGAGUGCUGCUGUCACGUGGAAUGACCCUUCUUAUUCUGACCCGGAUGGCGACCGUGUGAGCAUAAAUGGUGGACAUCCUCCAUCUGGGUUUUCCUUUGAACAUGGUUACCAUAUAAUAUCUUAUACUGCUACUGACAGUUAUGGUAACAUGGCAGUCUGUAGUUUUGGGUUUCGAGUAACAGUGAAUUACUGUCGCCAGAGUCUUUACGUUAAAAAUGGAUUUGCUGUAUGUGAUCCUGAAGAUAAGAUUUAUGGAAGUGUAUGUCAAAUUCAUUGUAAUGAUGGCUAUCAACUGACAUCUGACAGCGUAUCAACAAAAACGUGCGAAGGCACAUCAUUCUCUAUUGGAAAGAUUGAAUGUGAAAGAAAGAAAUGUUCGAUUCCAGUUCCACCUUGCAAUGGCAACUAUACCUGUACAAAUGAUUUAUAUGAAUAUGAUUCGGUCUGCUAUCCGAAGUGUAGUGCUGGGUACGAGACGGAGCUGAGCCGAUACUUGAAAUGCAAUGGCGAUAACUGGGAAGGAACAAAUACCAUACUCGCCUGUGAAGAUGCGGAACCCCCCGAGUUUGUAAACUGUCCAACUUCCAUUAUCCGUUAUGCUGAUAGAGGAGGUGACGUGGCAACAAAUGUAACAUGGAAUGAACCAAUUAUAAUCGACAAUUCUCAACAAAGCCAAUCAUGUGGGGAUCAAGGUAAACCGCUAUUGAAGCAAGUAGAAGGAUUACCACCUGGCUCUGAUUUUUCUGCAGGUUUUCAUCUGAUUAAAUAUGAAGCAACAGAUGGAAAUGGACUGACCGCUUUUUGCAGUUUUACUGUUAUUAUUGAAACUAUUUCGUGUGACCCAUUGAUGCCGUCUGACAAAUUUUUAAUCUCACGAUGUCCAACAGGAUAUACAUAUGGAUCAUCCUGUUCUUUCAAUUGCUUCCUGAGUUACAUUCUUAAAGGCAGUCAAAGUGUAUCUUGUGAGUUAGAUACAAGUGGUAAACAUGGAGUAUGGGCUUGGGCUAAUGAUACAGAAUCAUUCUGUGAGAAACUCAUGUGUCCAGAUUUACCUGCUCCGGCCAAUGGUGCCCUUGCCUGUUCAACAGUUUUGGGUAAUCAAAUUUGCACAAUGGGUUGCAAUGACAGAUACCAGACUCCUCUGAAACCGCCGUCAGAGUUCGUGUGUAAUGAUGAACAAGAAUGGAUUAAUGGGAUGCCUCCAAACUGCACAAGCAGAAGAAAUCCAAACUUGUCGGUAAAGCCUGGAGAAUUAAUAUAUUUUUAUUCCGGAGACUGCAGUGAUACAACUGUUCAACAAGGAAUCAAAGAACAUUUUAUAACUGUUAUGGAAGAUUUGGCUUACAAUAGAAACUGGUCAAAUAUUUGUCCGACAUUUUGCAACAUUAGUGAUGUAACUGUUACAUGUGGACCAACAACUGGAAGAAGACGACGGGACAGCGAUGGAUCAUAUUUUAAGCGACUGUUCACGCGAUCAACAAAUGAGAUUACAUUGACUUUCUCAUUAACAAUGAAGUGGAUUGAAGGAGGAGACUACUGGGCAAAUGAUGAUGAAAUAGUUGCUGUUAGUGAAAUACUCAAAGAAAUGUCAACAAACGGAGAUUUUAUUUACAAUGGACUUUCACCAGCUACGGUAGUGUUUUCGUACAGCUCUUUCAGAUGCGAAGAAGGCUCUGUUCCCAAUUACUUCACAGAAACAUGCUUUGGGUGUGCUCCGGGUACCUAUUUGUUAAAGGCAGCGGAGGAGUGUAAAGAGUGUGCCAUAGGUUACUAUCAAGAUGAAGAAUAUCAGGCAUCUUGUAAACAAUGUCCUACUGGUAUGUCUACUGAAGACGUUGGAUCUAGCAGUCUUGCUGAUUGCAAAGACAUUUGUCAACCAGGAACUUACUCGAAUACUCGUGUAGUUCCCUGUUCAAUUUGUGCGAUUGGGGAAUACCAAUCAUUAAAAGGAUCGUCCACUUGUUUGAAGUGUACCAAGGGAAAAUUUACAUCAACCCUAGGUGCCACUGAUGUUACAGAUUGUAAAGAUUUUGAUGUCAUGAUUCCCGAAGAUACACACAUCAGCUUCAGUCCAGUUACUACUAGUUCGGAUGAUUUUUCCAUCAGUUUCUGGUUAUUUUGCCCUGAAAAUUGUAUUUCAUUUAUCACUUUGAAAAUAAAGGAAUUCACAUUUGAUGUUGGAAAAACGUUGACUGUUUCUCAUUCUGGAGAAAAUGACAUAAAAUCGCUUGACGAAUUCAAAUCUAAGACUUGGAUCAAAAUUAUUCUUGCUUGGACACAGUCAAAGACUGAGCUGAAUGUGCAUGUGAAUGACGAAAUGCUAUUGACCAAAGUGUUUUCUGGUGGUAUUGACGGUAGUUUGGCUGUUGGAGAUAAAUUAGAAAUGUUUUCCUCAACGCAUAAAAUUUACUUGUCAGGUUUAGUACUGCACACACAUUUCACAUCAGAUAUCUAUACCAGAACAUGCUCACCGGUGACAACAGAUGCAGUAUACACAAUGUCAGAUUUCCUGACCAUUGACAACAGCGAUAUUGAACUACUGGUAUCUAAAUGUGAUGAAAUAAACGAGUGUUUUUCAAAUCCAUGUGGAGAUGGUAACAUAUGCUACAACAAGAAAAAUGGUUAUAAUUGUACCUGUUUAAAUGGAUACAGAGGUAGUAACUGUCAGACACCACCAGACUUCUGUAUUGGAAAUAACUGUACUAAUGGAGCAAAUUGUGAGAGCCAGCAAACAAAUUAUACUUGUCAAUGUGCAUCUGGAUAUAAAGGUCCUUUCUGUGAAAAAGAAAUAGUCAAUGGUGGAUGGAGUUCAUAUUCAGCAUGGUCUGAGUGUUCAAAGUCCUGUGAAGGUGGAACUAGAUCACGUUUAAGAUUUUGUGACAGUCCUGCUCCUGAACCAGAGGGACAAUUUUGCAUGGGAAGUGACACUAUGGUCGGAUAUUGUAAUACUGAUUCAUGUCCUGUUUGUAAACCAUACUAUGAAAUAAAACAGUUCAAGAACGAGUUUAAUUGUACCAUUAUUAAUGACCAUAUAUCAUGCACUGUGACGUGUAAAAAUGGAUAUGUAUUUUUACCUGAACACCCACCAAAUGAUAUAUAUGAGUGUGGAAAGACCACCAACUUUGUGUGGUCGUAUACACCACCAGCUUGUGCCCCAAUUGGUCUUCCAAUACGUCUCCAAACCAAGUACGCAAUCAAAUAUGACUCCUCUGCAUGUACCCAUGAAGAUAACAUAACGAAUGAGAUGACAUCUCGAGUACAAAGUCUAUCAUGCGUUGAAAGUGCAACAUGCCAAGUAUCGGUAAAUACAAAUGGAUGUGGUGGUGGUACUGGCAGACGACGUAGAUCUACAUCAGAACUUGAAGUUAUUGUUACCUUUACAUCAACGCUUGACGAAAGUAAUGAUUUGGAUAUGGAAGCCUUUUAUGCAUCAAAAAUAGUUUCACAAGAACUAGCUGAACUUAUAAAUAUAUACAUAAACCAAGUUACAACAGCACAACAAAUGAUCAACACUACGGACUUUUAUACUAUAGAUGUCAAUGGUGACGUAUAUACAACAAAUUUUUCGAAUAUCAACCUUACGUCUACUGUAAGCUGUUCUCCAGGGAAAGUAGAAUAUCAAGCAGUUUGUGUUGCAUGUCCAACUGGUACAUAUUGGAGUGACGGGUUUUGCAUAUUGUGUCCUGUCGGAACAUACCAGAAUGAAACAGGACAGCAGAGAUGUGAAGCUUGUCCAAACGGAUAUACUACAUUGUACAGAUCAUCCAGAAAUAUUACUGAUUGUUCUGAAAAUAACACAGCAGUUACACCUACUUCAUCAAGUACGAAUGCAGUUACUACAAUUUCAACCUCAACUUCAACUUCUACGUUUUAUGGUACAUCAAAUGAAAAUAACACAGCAAUUACAUCAACAUCAUCAAGUGCAAAUGCAGUUACUACAAGUUCAACCCCAACUACAACUUCUACGUUUUCUGGUACAUCAAACGAAAAUAACGCAGCAAUAACAUCUAAUACAGAAACAGUUACUACAAGUUCAACCUCAACUACACCAUUUACGUUCUCUGGUGCAUCAAAUGGUGCAUCAAACGUGUCUAAUUCACCUGAUGUUAAAGGAGAAGACGAGGAAGAUAUUUCCGCCUUAACAACAGUUAUCAUUCCAGCUUCUGUAACUUUACUAGUUGUAACAACUAUAUUGACGUUUGUGGCAUUGUUUAAAUACAGACAAUAUGUCAGGAAAAUACAUAGACACAAGCUAACUAAACGACAAAGCAUUGCAAGUUUAAACAUGGUCUACCCAACACUGUCAGGAAAACCUGAUGUAUGUGGUUUACCACCUGUCAGUACAUGUUAGUUCUCUGCAAACUGAAACAUUCAGAUACUCAAAAAAGAUUGACAUUAAUUAUUAAGAUUUAUAACAAAAUCUGAAAAAAUAAAUUUGACUGUUCAAUUCAUUAGAAUUCAUUCCCUUUUUAAAUAAAAGAUUUAUGUGAUGAUGUACUGAACAAUAUGAAGAAUAGAUCGUGUUUAACACAAAUAUAUAAAAGUGAAAUUCGA